AUGGGCUCCGACCUGCAGCUGCUGUUCAUCGCUUCGACCGAAUCCCAGAACUCCAAGCUGCUGGACUUUUAUCGCUCCAGAGACAUCGACACCAACAGCCGCGGAGAGCUCUGCGUGGACAAGUUUAUCGAUGUCUUAGGACGCAAACAGGUGGAAAGCUGCGGCUGCAAGGGCUUCCUGGAGAUGAACGUGCUGAGCUCAGCGCUAUUGCAAAAGGUUUUAGUGCACGAAUGGCAUGCGGAUCAAGAGUGGCUGGACGCAUCGUUAGCCACGAAACGGACUCAGACUUUCCUGGAGUGGAAAGACGCAGCCAAAGCUGCGAGGAAAGAGAGGCGGAAGAAAGAGGGGCAGGAGAAGCAGCAAGAACGAGAAGUGAAGAGGAUGGAGAAGAGAGAGAAGGAAGAAGCACAAAAGGCUCUUGAGGAGGCUACUGAGAAGUCACUUGAGGAGGCUGCUGAGAAGGAGGAGAGUGAGCAGCAGGCUGGAGAGGCCACGGAGCCGGCGAAGCAGCAGGGAAAGAAACGAAAACUUGAGCAGCAGCAACAACCGGGGCCGAAGAAGAGUAGAAACAAGAAGCAGCUCAGCAAACCGAUUAUAGAAUCCUAG